UGUUGUUCUCUUUGUGUUUUCCUCCCUCUUUCUCUCACAUGCGUGCACGGAUCGGCUUCUCCUCUCGCAGCUCGCGCUGCUCCACCCACCUGCAGAUAAAAGCCAAACCCUCAGCAGGGCUGCCGUUCAGUGUGUGUCCCAAACUCCUCGUAAGUGCGAUCCUCCGCAGCCUGCAGCAGCAGCAGCGCACGCAGAAGGGCCCAGCAGGACUGCAGCUAACACCUGGUUGGAUUCAACGCAUGGCCAUCGUCCCACUCAUGCCUUGAAAAAAACCCAAGAAACAACCUAAAGUGAGGGGAAGUAGAGGCUAAAGAAACACUCACAGCUUUGGGUUAGAGAGGAGCAGAAGUCAGUUAAAAAUGGUGGCUGUACCACUCCAUUCCCUCUACCUUCUCAUCAGUGUCUUACAGCUGGGUUUUUUACAAAAGGCCCAAGGCGGAGCAUAUUAUGGACAUAAACAACCACCCCAACAGCACCAGCCCCUGCCACAGUACAAUGAUGGGUAUCCACAACAACAGUUUCUGGGCAAUGAGAUGCCAAUAAUGCCAUUACUGCCUCAGUAUGGAAAAGAGCUUCCUCAUCUGCCUUUGCAAAAGGGCAAAGAAAGACCAUUGAUUGAGGGCAAAGGACAAACAUUCCCCAGAGGAUCUAAAGGGCCACUUCCCCCUCUUCCUAGUGGAGAAGGUCUUCGAGAGGGACCACAAGGUAUUCAGGGUCCCCCAGGACCUACAGGACCACCAGGACCACAAGGCCCCUCUGGACUACCAGGCCAGGGAUUUCCAGGAUUACCAGGAAAACCAGGGCCUCCUGGUCCUCAAGGAUACCCGGGUUUAGGAAAACCUGGCAUGCCAGGAUUGCCAGGAAAACCUGGAGGACCUGGACUACCAGGACCCAAAGGUGAUCUAGGUCCAAGUGGUGGUGAAGGACCAAUUGGGCUUCCGGGGCCUGCGGGUCUACCAGGUCCUCCUGGUCUCCCUGGGGUUUCAAAACAAGGAGGACAAGGCCUUCCAGGGCAGCCAGGUCCUUUAGGAGAGCCUGGUUAUAAAGGUCCAAUUGGGUUACCUGGUGCUCCAGGCCCCAAAGGAGAGAGUGGAAUUGGUCUACCUGGUUUGCCAGGUUUAAAAGGACCUAGUGGACCACCGGGUCCACCUGGACAAGUGGGCCUCCCUGGUGUUGGUAAAACUGGCCUUAAUGGUCUUCCUGGACAACCAGGAAUACCAGGAAAGCCUGGUUCCCCUGGAGAACCAGGACCAGCAGGGCCACCUGGUGAAGUAGGCCAGCCAGGACCACUAGGUCCGCCAGGAAUCGGAAUACCUGGGAAAGAUGGUUUGAGAGGUUCAUCUGGGCUCAUGGGAGGGAAAGGGGAGCCAGGCCCUCCUGGUUUACCAGGUGGUCAUGGCUUGCCUGGUUAUGGUAAACCAGGGUUUCCAGGACCUAAGGGUCACAAGGGACAUGCUGGUCUUCCUGGACCACCAGGCAUUAAAGGAGAUAAAGGUUUUGAGGGUCUUCCAGGUGUCAUUGGUCCCACUGGCUCUAGUGGUAUGCCUGGGCCACCUGGUCCAAUAGGGCCCCCUGGUAGUCUUGGUUUCCCAGGGCAAAGGGGAGAGGAUGGCGCUAUGGGACCAAGGGGAAAUCCAGGAAUGAAGGGUGAUUUAGGGCCUCCAGGGGUUCCAGGACAGGCAGGUAGGCCAGGAGAAGGUGGGCAACCUGGACCAAGAGGUUUACAAGGGCCCAUUGGCCCUAAGGGAUUGGCUGGUGUUAGAGGUUUACCUGGUGCCUCUGGAGCUGCUGGAUUACCUGGACCAAGAGGAGAGGGAGGGCAACGUGGAGAAAAUGGUCACCAGGGCCCACAAGGCAUUCCAGGCCUCACAGGACCAGGGGGACCUAUUGGGCCUCCUGGGCUACCAGGACAAAAAGGUGAAAUGGGUCUGCCUGGUAAACCUGGUUAUCCUGGUGAGGGAAAGACAGGUCCCUCUGGUCAAAUUGGCCCACAAGGCAACCCUGGGCCCAGUGGCCCACCUGGAUUUCCAGGACAACCUGGACAACCUGGACCCCCAGGUCCCCCAGGGCCUCCUUCAUUUCCUGAUCUCGGACAGAUCCUCCCUGUAAGUGGGCCGUUCACGGGCCAAGGUUACAAAAAGACAAAGAAUGGAGGGGAUAUUGGAGGAAGUGCUCUAGAGAUGCCUGCAUUCACAGCUAAACUCACAAACCCAUUCCCCCUUGUUGGUUUGCCCAUCAUUUUUGACAAACUCCUACAUAAUGGCAAUCAAAACUACAAUCCUCAAACUGGUAUUUUCACAUGUAGUGUACCUGGAAUCUAUUACUUUGCUUAUCAUGUUCAUUGCAAGGGAAGUAAUGUUUGGGUGGCACUGAUGAAGAACAAUGAGCCCGUAAUGUACACUUAUGAUGAGUACACAAAGGGCUUGCUGGAUCAGGCUUCAGGGAGUGCUGUACUCCCACUAAGACAAGGAGACAGUGUCCAUGUACAGCUGCCAUCAGACCAGGCAGCAGGUCUUUAUGCAGGUCAAUAUGUCCACACAACUUUUUCUGGAUACCUAUUGUACACAAUGUAAGAACGCACAUAGCAAAUUUGACUGUAAUGAUAGUAAUACUACUUCAGGCUCAAAGGUACAAUCUAGGUCAAGUUGAAUAGUUUACAAAAAAGCUAGUGUUUUUUGUAUCUGUUGGCACAUACAUCAAAGGACAGUGAAUGAAAAAAGGGCAAAAGUAUAUAAAUAUUGUCAAACAUUCUUCCUGGAAUAUGAAAGUUUACUUGUGUGGAAAUUUGGAGAGCAAAUGAAUCAUAUUAAUGAAAAUUUCCGUUUUGUAUAUGUAUGUUUUUGCAUUUACGCUUAUUCGUUCAUAUACAUUCAUACGCAAUACACCAGUGUUUUCGACAGGCCUGGAAUAAUUAUGCUGCAGAACUGAUUAACCUUUGACAGUUUUUUGCUUUACAUUUAUGUACUGUAUACUGGGCACAUAAGAACAUAUUGGUUUUAUUAUACAUUGCAUUUACUCAAUGUUAUCAUAGGUGGUCUGUGUAUUUCAUACCGUUAUUAAGUUAUUAUUAGUCAGACAUUUUUCUAUUGUGAAAAAGAAAUAAUGCGGCAAAAUGUUACUUUGAAGUUAUACAUUUAAGCAUUUCAUUAUUCAUACCAUUCACAGGACACAAAAAAAAUAUUUUAUCACAAUUUGGCAGGUGAAGCAUCUUUUCAUGUUUUACUUUUGACCAUUGAUGACAUAGAUUUGCUUUGUAGUAAGUUCUUUGAACAGUUUUUGUGCCUUUGUCAGAAUUCUCUAUAAUUUAUUUGUUUGACUACUGAUGAUCUGAGAGUGUUUUGUUGAUACUACACAAGGAAAUUCAUUCCAAAAUCCUAAUUCCUAAUUCUAAAUGUUUUGUGGCCAAAUGGUUACCACAAUUGCAAUAGUGAUACCAAUUUAUUAUUGUAUUCCAAUUGUGGAAGUAUCAUUUUGGAAUGAAAUUCUUUUCAUUGUUCCCAUAUUUUUGUAUUUUUUUUUUACUUUGGACAAAUGUGCACAGUGAAAGCACAUUAAACUGUGCCAAAUGUGUGAAGUUUAGUAAUAAAGAAAAAAUGUCUCAGAA